CCCCACAAUCGUCCGCCGACACUUCCACCAACAACAACACUACACUCUCGAUAUAGAAUUAUUUAUUAUAUAUAAAACAAUUUACACAAAUUAUUAGAAAAUGAGAAAGGAAAGGACACAGUCUGUAAAAAUGAUAAAUGUAUCCUGAGCUGUUGACGCGAGAGAGAGAGAGAGAGGAACUCCCCUUCCAAUAAUCUCCCCCCCUUCUUUCUCUCACAAACUUGGCGCCGUUUGGACUUCUGCUGCUGAAUUCGACAGAGAUGCAGGAACAUGCUUGUAGCCUUCAGAUCUGUCGAACUGCAUUGUUGAUGUUGAGGAUUCAGCACUGAAGAAAUUGCUGUUUGCUAGUGUUGUCCAUCGAAUUGUUGAGGGUCAGUUUGAAUGCAAAGCUCGGAACAGAUUUCAAUUUGAUUUGGGGGUGGGUCUUUGAAUUGAGCAAAACUGGCGGCAGCACUUGCUUGGAGGUAUUCUGGCGCAAAUGGAGGAAACCAUGGAGCUGGAGAUCUGGGGAGUAAUGUGGAUUUUAAAGUUCAGGAACAGGGACCUUCGACUCCCCACUCUGUCAUGAAGGUGGGCUCAAGUAUGGAGGAUCCAGAUGGAACAGUAGCCAACGUUGCCCAAUGUAUUGAACAACUACGCAGGAGUACCUCAUCAGUUCAAGAGAAAGAGAACUUACUAAAGCAGUUGCUUGAUCUAGUUGAAACGAGGGGAACUGCUUUGGGAGCUGUUGGUUCUCAUUCCCAAGCAGUUCCAAUACUUGUUUCUCUCCUCAGGUCAGGGUCAUUUGGUGUAAAGAUGCAGGCUGCUGCUGUUCUGGGCUCUCUUUGUAAGGAAGAAGAACUGAGGAUAAAAGUGCUACUUGGUGGUUGCAUCCCUCCACUUCUUUCCCUUCUUAAAUCUAGCUCAGAAGAAGGUCAAGUUGCAGCUGCAAAGACUAUUUUUUCUGUGUCCCAAGGUGGCUCUAGGGACCAUGUUGGAUCAAAGAUCUUUGCGACCGAGGGAGUAGUUCCCGUUCUUUGGGACAAGAUAAACAAUAGCCUUAAGAAUGGAAGUGCGGUGGAUACUCUACUUACUGGAGCAUUGAGGAACCUAUCUAAAAGUACAGAUGGGUUCUGGGACGCAACAGUAGACUCUGGUGGCAUGGAUACACUUGUAAAAUUGCUUGCAACAGGAAACACAAGUACCCUAGCAAAUGUUUGCUACCUUCUUGCAUGUAUGAUGUUAGAAGAUGCAUCCAUCUGUUCCAAGUUUUUAUCUGCUGAUGCAACAAGACUACUACUCAAGCUACUUGGUCCUGGUAAUGAAAUUAGUAUUAGAGCUGAGGCUGCAGGGGCCCUCAAGUCUCUAUCAGCACAAAAUAAGGAGGCAAGGCUGAAAAUUGCUAGUUCUAAUGGGAUCCCUGCAUUAAUUAAUGCCACUAUAGCUCCAUCUAAGGAGUUUAUGCAGGGGGAGUCCGCCCAAGGAUUGCAGGAAAAUGCAAUGUGUGCCCUGGCAAACAUCUCAGGUGGAUUGACAAAUGUCAUUUCUAGCCUUGGUGAAAGCCUGGAGUCAUGUAAUUCCUCCACUCAGAUUGCUGAUACUCUUGGUGCUUUAGCUUCAGCGCUGAUGAUAUAUGAUACCAGUGCUGAUUCUACUAGGGCUUCAGACCCCAUCACCAUCGAGAAGAUGUUGGUGAAGCAGUUCAAACCAAAAGUAUCAAUUCUUGUUCAGGAGAGGACAAUAGAAGCAUUGGCCAGCUUGUACGGAAAUGCUAUUCUCUCAGCAAUGCUUGCCAACUCUGAGGCUAAGCGUCUGCUUGUUGGUUUGAUCACCAUGGCAACUGGAGAGUUGCAAGAUGAGCUUAUGAGGUCUCUUCUUACACUUUGCAACAAAGAAUGUAGUCUGUGGGAUGCAUUGAAAGGCCGUGAAGGGGUUCAGUUGUUGAUUUCUCUUCUUGGACUAUCAUCAGAACAACAACAAGAAUGUUCGGUCUCUCUUCUUUGCCUUCUAUCUGAUGAGAAUGAUGAAAGCAAAUGGGCCAUAACUGCUGCUGGAGGCAUACCUCCACUUGUUCAAAUUCUGGAAGUAGGGUCUUCAAAGGCUAAAGAAGAUUCUGCAAGAAUCCUUGGAAACCUUUGCAACCACAGUGAUGACAUUCGUGCAUGCAUUGAAAGUGCUGAUGCUGUUCCUGCUUUGUUGUGGCUUCUGAAAAACGGGAGUGAGAGUGGGAAAGGAAUUGCAGCAAACACAUUGAACCAUCUCAUCCGCAAGUCAGAUAAGAGCACAAUUAGCCAGCUCUCUGCACUAUUAACUAGUGAGCAGCCAGAGUCUAAGGUCUAUGUUUUAGAUGCACUGAGAAGCAUUCUUUCCGUUGCACCGUUCAAUGAAAUUAUACAUGAAGGAAGUGCUGCAAAAGAUGCAAUUAAGACAAUGAUAAAGAUCUUGAGCAGUAUAAAUGAAGAAACUCAAGCUAAAUCGGCAUCAGCUCUUGCUGGGAUUUUUCACUACCGCAAAGACUUGAGGGAAAGUUAUAUUGCAUUGGAGACCUUUUGGUCAAUGAUGAAGCUGCUGAGCGUGGACUCCGAUGAAAUUUUGAAGGAGGCCUCAUGCUGUCUUGCUGCUAUUUUUCUUUCAAUCAAGCGCAACAAGGAAGUUGCUGCUGUUGCUAGGGAUGCAUUGGCUCCAUUAACUCUGCUUGCUAAUUCCUCAGAUCUUGAAGUGGCUGAACAAGCAACCUGUGCUUUGGCUAAUCUUCUUCUGGAUACCGAAAUAUCACUGAGAUCGUCUCCUGAGGAGAUUAUAUUACCGGUUACACGAAUUCUGCGAGAUGGCACAACUGAUGGAAAAACUCAUGCAGCAUCUGCAAUUGCCCGUCUUCUUCAGUGUCAUUCUUUAGAUAAUACACUAUUUGAUAGGUUAAAUUGUGCCGGGACAGUUCUUGCACUCAUUUCUCUUCUAGAAUCUGUCAGCAUUGAUGCUGCUGCAACAUCAGAAGUUCUUGAUGCGCUCUCCUUGCUUUUGAGAUUAAAGGAAACAUCUAAUUGCAUGAAACCUCCAUGGGCAGUCCUUGCGGAGAACUCCUAUUCAGUAGCCCCUCUAGUUUCCUGUAUAGCUAAUGGAACACCCUCACUUCAAGAUAAAGCUAUUGAAAUUGUUGCAAGACUAUGUCGAGACUGGCCCACUAUUGUAGGUUCUGCUAUUGGUGAAAAUUCUGGCUGUGUCACAUCAAUUGCAAGGCGGGUUAUUGGCUCUGAUAAUUCUAAAGUUGUAGUUGGGGGAAAUGCACUUCUGAUAUGUGCUGCAAAAGAGCAUAGCCAGUUGGUGGUAGAAGGUUUAAUGGAAUCAAACUUGCGCAAUCAUCUCAUUCAUUCUCUCAUUGGAAUGCUAAAUCCUUCAAACUCAUCCUCUUAUCUGAGGGACAGCGAUGCAAUUGAAAUAAGCAUCCACCGUAUUCAUAGACAAUAUGAAGUGGAUGAGGGUAGCAGAGUGGUGACAGGUAACAUUAUUGCUGCUUGGUUACUUUCUGAACUCGCUUGUCAUGAUACGAGAAGUAAGGUUGUAAUGAUUGAAGCUGGAGCUAUUGAUGCUAUAACCAACAAGAUUUCUCAGUCCAUGCUAAGUACACAGGUUGAUUUGGAUGAGGAUAGUAGCAUGUGGGUUUGCGCUUUACUUCUUGCUCUGUUAUUUGAAGAGAGAGAAAUUAUGCAGUCUGAUGCAACAAUGCAAACUAUUCCUAUUCUUCAAAAUAUGCUGAAAUCGGAGGAUUCAGCAAGCAGAUAUUUUGCUGCACAAGCAUUGUCCAGCCUUGUCUGUAAUGGCAGUAGAGAGACUCUGUUAGCUGUUGCUAAUUCUGGAGCUGCUUCUGGGCUUAUAUCCUUGCUUGGCUGUGCUGAGACUGAUAUAGCUGAGCUUUCACAAUUAUCAGAUGAUUUCUUUUUGGUUCGAAAUCCAGAACACGUGGCUCUAGACAGAUUGUUCAAGGAUGAAGAAAUUAGGGUUGGCACGACUUCUCUGAAAGCAAUACCUGCAAUUGUUGAUUUACUCAAACCAAUCCCUGAGAGACCUGGCGCUCCAUACUUGGCAUUGGGCCUUCUGAGUCAGCUUGCAGUAGAUUGCCCUUCUAACAUGCUUGCAAUGGCAGAAGCCGGGGUUCUAGAGGCUAUUACUAGAUAUCUUUCACUUGGUCUGCAAGAAGCAGCAGAAGAGGCUGCUACUGACUUAUUAGGUCUUCUAUUCAGCAAUGCUGAAAUAAGGAGACAUGAGUCUGCUUUUGGUGCUGUCAAUCAGCUUGUUGCGGUCCUACGUCUUGGUGGAAGAAACUCAAGAUACCGUGCAGCUAAAGCAUUGGAGAGCUCAUUCUCCUCGGAUCAUAUCAAGAACAGCGAGCCUGCUAGGCAAGCUGUUAGACCUCUUGUGGAGAUGCUAAGCACUGGCUAUGAAAGAGAACAGCAUGCUGCAAUGUCGGCACUUGUGAGGAUCUUACGUGAUAAUCCAUCCAAAGCACUUUCGAUUGGAGAUAUUGAAAUAAAUGCAGUUGGUGUUCUUUGUCGGAUUCUUUCUUCCAACUGCUCAGUGGAGUUGAAGGGAGAUGCUGCAGAAUUGUGCAGUGUUCUGUUUGUAAAUACAAGAAUUCGCUCUACAGUGGCUGCUGCUCACUGCGUGGAGCCUCUGGUAUGUCUGUUGCUUAUGGAGUUUAGCCCUGCUCAGCAUUCUGUUGUCCGAGCAUUGGAUAACCUGCUAGGUGAUGAUCAAUUAAUAGAGUUGGUGUAUGCACAUGGUGCCCUUGUUCCUCUAGUUGGUCUUUUGUUUGGUAAAAGUUACCCACUUCAUGAGAUAAUCUCUAGAGUGUUGGUGAAGUUAGGUAAGGAUAGGCCAGCUUGUAAAUUGGAAAUGGUGAAAGCUGGAGUGAUUGAAAGUAUUCUCAAUAUCCUCCACGAAGCUCCUGAUUUUCUCUGCACAGCAUUUGCAGAGUUACUACAAUCACUGACCAAUAAUGUUAGCAUCGCUAAGGGUCCAUCAGCAGCCAAAAUUGUUGAGCCUCUUUUUCUUCUGCUGUCUAGACCUGAACUUGGUUCUUGUGGACAGCAAUGUGCGUUGCAGGUUCUUGUUAAUGUUUUGGAGCAUCCUGAAUGCCGUGCUGAAUGUGGCCUGACACCUCAGCAGACCGUUGAACCUGUUACAGCUUUACUGAGCUCACCGUAUCGAGGAGUUCAGCAAUUGGCUACAGAACUAUUAUAUCACCUUCUUCUGGAAGAAUCUCUUCAAAGGGCGACUAUAACAGAACAAGCAGUUGGUCCUCUCAUUCAAGUUCUGGGGUCAGGUGUCAAUAUCUUACAACAAAUAGCUAUUAAAGCUCUUUUUAAUCUUGCACUAGCUUGGCCAAAUGCAAUUGCAAAAGAAGGUGGUGUUUACGAGUUAUCCAAAUUGUUACUGCAAUCCGAGCCCUCGUUACCUCAUGUUACAUGGGAAGCUGCUGCAUCCAUUUUAUGCAGCAUUCUGCAGUACAGUUCUGAGUUUUACUUGGAAGUGCCUGUUGCUGUAUUGGUACAGUUACUUCAUUCUGGAAUGGAGAGUACAGUCAUUGGCGCAUUGAAUGCUCUACUCGUGUUGGAAACUGAUGAUUCAACCAGUGCAGAAGCAAUGGUCGAAAGUGGUGCUGUAGAGGCACUUUUGGACCUUCUGCGAAGUCAUCAGUCUGAGGAAACUGCAGCAAGACUGCUUGAGACACUGCUGAACAACGUGAAGAUAAGGGAAACAAAAGCCGCUAAAGCUGCCAUUUCUCCGCUAUCUUUAUACCUUCUAGAUCCACAAACACAAUCUCAACAGGGAAGGUUGCUCUCAGCUCUUGCUCUUGGAGAUCUUUUCCAGAAUGAAGGACUUGCUCGAUCUCCUGAUGCUGCUUCAGCAUGUCGAGCUCUGGUAAAUCUCCUUGAGGAUCAACCAACAGAAGAAAUGAAAGUUGUAGCUUUAUGUGCACUGCAAAACCUUGUAAUGUACAGCCGAACAAAUAAAAGAGCUGUUGCAGAAGCUGGUGGUGUUCAGGUUGUGCUGGAUCUUAUAAACUCUAGUGAACCAGACACAUCUGUUCAAGCAGCGAUGUUUGUUAAACUACUAUUUUCUAAUCACACGAUCCAAGAGUAUGCUUCUAGCGAAACAGUGAGAGCUAUUACUGCUGCCAUUGAGAAGGACAUCUGCAUCAGUGAGAGUGUUAAUGAGGAAUACUUGAAAGCACUAAAUGCAUUAUUUAGCAAUUUCCCUCGUUUGAGAGCCACAGAGCCUGCUACAUUAAUCAUUCCUCAUCUCGUCACAUCUCUUAGGGCUGGUUCCGAGGCAACUCAAGAAGCAGCACUGGAUUCACUUUUUCUUCUCGCAUCAGAGGCUAUCCCUCUACUACAAUAUUUGAUUCAGUCUGGCCCACCUCGCUUUCAAGAGAAAGCUGAAUUCCUUCUGCAAUGUUUGCCUGGGACGCUGACGAUAACUAUAAAGCGUGGUAAUAAUUUGAGACAAUCAGUGGGAAACCCUAGUGCAUACUGCAAGAUCACUCUGGGAAAUACUUCACCUAGACAAACUAAGGUUGUCUCAACGGGCCCUUCACCUGAAUGGGAUGAAGCUUUUGCAUGGGCACUUGACAGUCCUCCUAAAGGCCAGAAGCUGCACAUAACUUGCAAGAAUAAGAGUAAAAUCGGCAAGAGCUCAUUCGGGAAAGUAACCAUUCAGAUUGAUCGAGUGGUUAUGUUAGGAUCGGUCUCUGGAGAGUAUACUCUACUGCCUGAAAGCAAAAGCGGACCGUCUAGAAAUUUGGAAAUUGAAUUUCAGUGGUCCAACGAAUAAAUUCAUCUGAGGUAUAUGACAUAUUCUUUUGUAAUUGUUGUGUAGGAAAUAAAAUCAUAUAAUUCUACAUUCCCCUGAUUUCCGGUUCAUAAUGUGUCCUCAUAAUGUCAAUAGAUGUUACUUUUCUUCGUUUUGUAUUUGAAUCAUUCUUUCAUUGUUUCCUUUAUAUUCGUAGUAUUUCUUUUCCUGUUGUUAUGAAAGUGACGAGCAGAGAUAGGUUCAUUAUACUGAUUCAAAAUGGUCAGCAAUUUUGUGUGCUGUUUUCAUAUUUAU